AGCAGUGUUUGUUCAGUAGUUUUAUUGGGGAUGGAUAAGAAGACGUGUGGUCCUGGAUUCAGCUGGGAUGGUCUGGUUAAAGACUGCAUCCAAGAAACUCAACCGGUCACUGCAGUAGAUACCCUUGCAGUGAUGAGAACUAAUGCUCCAACCUCGUCGUGGACUGCAUUCGCCCCCAGCGUGUGGAUCUGUGUGGGGGUAAUCCUGAGCAGCUUGGUUCUCGCACUACUGCUUUGGUUCAUCAUCUACAGGAGACACACACACAACACAGGUAAGAGACGCUCAGAGCCUGCAGCUCCUCCUCAGCUUAAUGGAAACACUGUCAGCCCGGCAUUGCUGGAAGAGAGAGAAGACCCAUCUCUUUCCUGUCCACACUGGAACGGAAAGACAGAGGAAGUGUCCGUGUGUGAAAUGGGCUGGGGGCGGGGCAUUUGUGAAGGAAAGAUGGAGCACGGAGUGCCCGUACCUGCUACUGAACUUGGAGACUCUGCCCUCGUGACUACCAAAACCGUGCAGCAGGCCGAGGCCUGAUACGGAUGAGUGUACUGCUGCUGCUCCCGAAGAGUCUAAAGCACCUGUCAGGAUGUUUUUUACACCUCAAUUACACAUAGAAUCAUUAGCAUCCAACUACUCAAUCAGUUAAAUAGGUUUGGCAGAAGAAACAAGAAGUCAAAAUGAGCUAAUCAGAUAAAUAAUGACUAUACUGGAAACUGUACCUAAUAAACAAAUCAAACAGAGUUAACCCCUAGAAGUUUAGUUAAGCAAUAGAAAACAAGAGUAUGUGGUGUGAAUAUCAAGUAGAAUUUCUUUCACCAAAAAAGUAGUUCCAGCAGCUUAAAGCCUGUUUACACCUUGUAUUAACAAGUGUUUUGUGUCCAGAUCGUAUCUAGAAAAACUCUGUCCGGAUUCCGUUUACACUAUUCACUAAAAUGCAUCCCCUAUGUGACCAGAGGAGAUCAGAUGUUACUUUCCUUGCAUACAAAGCACAUCAAUGCAAGCGUUGUUUCCAUUUUAAUUUGUUUUAUUUUUUUCCCAUUGAGAUAUGAGUCAUCAAGCUUGGUUCGGACACCUACACCUGACCAGAGUGCAAGAAGGCAGGUGGUUUUGGGGUAACUUUGUGUGUCCUCUAUGUUUCCUUUUCUUGUAUAUCCACUCACUUUUGUCAGCACUCAGCACACGCUCACAUAGUUGUAUAUGAACAGUGCUAGCUUUAUCUAAUAAAUGACAUAAGCAGCUAUUUAUGGCCCUGUGCUGCCAGGGGACCACUAACAAAAAGAGAUGUGGAGAAAAAUCUUAAGGAUAAACGUAUGUUUUGUUUUUUAUGGUGUUAACAUCAUUCCAUUUGUUUUGGCUUGUAGUUGGACAACAAGAAUACUUACUCAGGCUGUAAUUAACUAAUUGAGGUUAAUAUACUCAAACUGUGAUUAAUCCAGAUUUAGAUACUCAG